AUGAAGGUUCCAUCUUUCUGCAGCAUCGGCACUGCCAUCCUUGUCCUCUUGGUGGUGGCAGCGCCCAAGUGUGUGCACGCCUCUGACCAAUCGCUUGCCAAUGAACGAGAUGGCAAUCUCCGUCACAAACUCAACCCUGUUCAGGCUACAAAGGCGGACAUGAAAAUGAAGGCAUUUGAGGAUCCACACAGGGAAUUGAAACCAGUGUAUGUUGAAAAGCCCAGCGUGAUUGAGGAUGCAGGAGCGGGCAAAGAAGCCGUCAAGCCAGCUAGCAUGCCAGCAAGCGCACCAGUCACCAAACCUGCAAGUGAACCAGUCAGCAAACCAGCCAGCAAAACAGUCAGCAAACCAGCAAGUGAACCUGUCAGCAAACAAGCCAACGAACCUGCCAGCAAAGAUGACAGCAAACUAGCCAGUGAACCAGCCAGCAAAACCAGCAGCAACCAGCCAGCGAACCAGCAAGCGAACCAGUCGGAAAACCAGCCAGUGAAACACGAUGACAGCAGCGAUGACAGCAGUGUCGACAGCAGUGACGACGGUAAGGAUGAUAGCAAAGAUGACUCUGAAGCAGCCAGCCAAGUUGAUCUUCAGGAUGAUAGCGAAGAUGACGCCAAACAAGACACCAAAGCAGCUAGCAAGGAUGACAGCCAAGACAGCAGCAAUCAAGACACCACACCAGCCAACCAAGAAGACAGCCAAGACGAUAGCAGCACUGAAGACGGCAGCCAAGACGACAGCCAAGAAGACAGCAGCCAAGCCAUCAGUAAAACAGACCUCGUGAAGACGCGAAUAUGCUCCAAAUGCAAAAACUAUUUCUCACUGUUUUCUGAAACCACGACAUUCGCAACAAACUAUGAGUCCUUGUUUCGUAGUGCGCGAAACAAAUGUCAGUCAUGCUUGAGAAAGAUGGAUGAUCAUUCAGACACUUUGACACACUUUGAUGGUGAUGAAAGUUUGGUGGUGUCAAUCUUGGAGACGUUUAGAGUUGAAGAGUUCUUUACGAGAAUGGUUUCUCUAUCAAAGCUUGGUUUUGACGGAAAGGUUGCCAUGUGGGGGGAGGAUUCUGAGGAUGAUAGCGAAGAUGACGCCAAACAAGACACCAAAGCAGCUAGCAAGGAUGACAGCCAAGACAACAGCAAUCAAGACACCACACCAGCCAACCAAGAAGAUAGCCAAGACGAUAGCAGCACUGAAGACGGCAGCCAAGACGACAGCCAAGAAGACAGCAGCCAAGCCAUCAGUAGAGAAGACCUCGUGAAGACGCGAGUAUGCUCCAAAUGCAAAAACGACUUCUCGCUGUUUUCUGAAACCACGAUAUUCACAAUAAAACAUGAGUCAUUAUUUGGUAGGGCGCGAAUAUUAUGUUCUUCAUGCUUGAGCAAGAUGGAUGAUCAUUCAGACACUUUGACACACUUUGAUGGUGAUGAAGGUUUGGUGGUGUCAAUCUUGGAGACGCUUGGAGUUGAAGAGUUCUUUACGAGAACGGUUUCUCUAUCAAAGCUUGGUUUUGACGGACAGGUUGCCAUGUGGGGGGAGGAUUCUGAGGCGGCCCAAUUGUACAGAACAAGAGCACAAUGCCGAGAAUGCUAUUCCAUAUUGGAGGUGUUCCUCUCUGAGAGCAAAACUGAAACUAUGCGAAGCGGCAGUGAAGCAUGUUCAUUCUGCCUCAUGUUUGUGGAUGACCACGCAGAGGUUGAGGAAGUGUUUGAAGGAAACACAGAAUUCGUACAGUCAAUAUUUGAUGAGUUUGGACACUCCUAUUGGUUUCCUGAAAGAGGAGUUUCCGCAUCAGGUCUUGGGUUUGAAGUCAUGUCGGAGAAAGGCAAGCGCAGAACCAUUUCCUUGUGCCAGACUUGCAAGGAAAGCUUCUCGAAGUCUUCUGACACCUCUGAAUUCGCCAAUGAUUACCGCCUGUUGUUUCGGGUGGCUGCUGACCAAUGCACUGUUUGUUUGUCUCGAAUGGAAGAUCAUGCAGACACUUUGUCACACCUGGACGGUGAUGAAGGUUUGGUGGUGUCAAUAUUGGAGGUUGUUGAAGCUAAUGGGAGGCCACAUGAAAUUUCCCUAUCAAAGCUUGGUUUUGAGGAGAAGGUCGCGUGGGGGGCUAUGUUUGGAUCUGAGGUUGCCCAAAGGACACACAGAGCCUAUCUUUGCCAGCUUUGUUAUGUCAUUUUCGAGGCUUUCCUUCUCUCGGUUGAUAAUGGCUGGACCAAGCCCGGAGCACCAGAUACCAUGGACUGUGAAGACUGCGUGGAGGGAUUGAUUGAUAAUGCAGAAGCCACAAAGUUUUAUGGUGACACAGGGGUGGCGCAGUUGCAGGAUAAGUAUGGAGAAUACGAAUCGAAAGUUCUUGUAGGAGAGUCUCCUUCAGAUCUGGGCCUUUCUCGCAUAGAUCCAUCAGAUUUCGGGCUUGGUGGCUGA